GCUCGAGUCAUUGGCGCUUUACCUACAGCUCACUGUCCAGAACCGGGACAGAACCAGCGGCGUGUGUUCAUCUUAACUCGACUUUUCAAACUUACCGGAUGGAGCUGGACCUGUGAGCACCCGCCUCGCGACAAAGCGGCGGUUGAAAUCUCAGAGGCGUUACCGGCGGCUCCACGGAGCGGUCCCGUCAUGGCCCACAGCGGCUCCGGGUCGCUGCUGUGCCGGCGGAAUGCGCGGCUGGACUCGUUCCUGCAGCGGAAGCUGGAGCGGAGGGUGUACGAACGGAUCCGGGUUUACGAGCCGUGCGUGGUGCUGUCCGAGUCCAUCAACAAGGUGUACAUGCACGUGGUGCUCAGCGACGAGUGCGUGUACCUCACCGAGUACUCGCCACGCACUCUCACGGCAGCCGUUAGCUUCAGGCGCGUGCGUUACAUCGAGCUGCAUUGUGUUUUUCUACAGGUGAACGACAUCCCAGAUUUCCUCAGUGGGAAGCAUCAGGAACGCUGCCAACACAUACGGAUCGUCUACGUCACCAAAAAGCCUGCAGCGAAGCAACGCAAUUGGUUAAAGAGAGCCAAGAAAGAGGGCCUUCCUCCUGCAGCCCCGUCGUCUCGCCGAAACAGCCACUGUCCUGAAAUAACAAGCACAUUACAAGGAUUUUCCACAGAGAGCAGCCAAUGGAGGAAGGAGGAGCUCCCCCCAGUGUUAAAGCACACCCGCUCAGCCUCGUGCCCGAACCCAGAGACUCUCGGCCUCACGAGAGUCCCGCAGCCUCCCCCCUUUUACUCCCCCUUAGUCUCACCUGCCUCAUCGCCAUUGCUCUCAGAGAAAAGCCUGAAGACCCUCGAGAGUGGUCAGUUACAAAGGAGGAUCGGUUCGGUCCUGUCACGUCUGCUGAGACGAGGCUGCGUGGACAGCGAGGAGGAGUGGGAGGCGGAGCUCCACCUGUACGCCGUCUCAGAGAAGUCCAGACUUUACCUCCACCUGCAGAGCUUGUGGAACAGCUUCAGUAUUAGGUCCACCCUUUUGUUAGAUCCGCUCUACAGAAGGAGGAACUGCGUUUCAUUGUCUGCUGCUGCCAUCAGCUGGGAGCGGACGGCUCACCUGUUUGGCCAGCUGAGCUCCGAGCUCCUGCAGGACGGGAUCAGCGUGGAGAGUAUGUACCUGCUGCUGCAGGAGCUGAGGACCGCCGCGCACCGCAGCGUUACGCUGCGCCGGCUCUUCUGGAGGUCCAGUGAGGUGUGUACUUUCCUGCUCUGCACUCUGGAGGGAUGUCUUCACGGCCGCCAGAGCCUCGGUGGACUCUACACAGCAGAUCAGCUCCUACUGAGCUCUCUGAUCGUUGACACGCUCGCCAUCAUGUUCAGAGAGACGGAGGUCGAAGCUGCCAGACUCAGCCUGCUCUCUGCCAAAAAAGGUGCUCUGGCCUCCCGAAUGCUGCUUGCCUUAAUAUGUGACCCUCAGCCACAAACUCACAGCGGAGGAUUUCUGACGUACUCAGAGCUUCAGGGCUUACUCGCUGAGUAUCUGGACACCGCCGCCUCUCUGCUCUUUGAACUGCUGCUCGUAGGCCACGUGACCAGCAGGUGUGUCUCUGCUGAAAACUUCCUGUCUGUCGGUUGGAUCCUCAGAGUCCUGCAGCCUCAUCCCCACCUGCUCUCCUUCAUUGGUUACCAGGUCCAGCAGGUGGUGUUGGUUCUGACGGGCCUGCAAGUGUCGGUCCCCAGUCCCGUUCAGUCCGUCCUGCUGUUCCAGCGCCUCCACCUCCUGCUGGCCUGUCUGCAGUACAACAGCCAGCUGGCUCAGCACCUGCGCUCGCAUUUCAGAGAGGAGUUCAGAUACUCUGUGAUGCCGUCGGGCUCUGAAGUGAAGCUGCCACCUCACUAUCCUAUCAGCCGACCCACUCUGAGACUUGUCGAGCACAUUCGAACUCUUAUGCUGCUCAGGUGACUGAACACCAGCGUGCUCCUAGCCUUCACUUUACACAAAGGCAUCCUCAGGGAAGGAAGCAGGAUUUGGAGUCCUCGGGAUGCUCGGCUUAAAGUUUCUGGAUUAUUAUAUAUCACAGACAUCUUACUGUUAGACAGAAAGAUGGAGAUAUAUGCUUGGCCUGUAAAGACUGUUCAAAUGAUGUGCACUCCUAAUAACCUGAAGCGGUUCUCUGACAGUCCAUCAAGUGGUGCGGCUUCGUAGCUUUGGAAAGUCGGACUGAAACAUUAGACAGAUUUUCGAGCGCCAUGUACCACAUAAAAUUGUUUCGAGGUCAGUAAAUACAACCAGAAUUAAUAAAUAAGACGCACAGGAUUAUAAGGGACACUGUCGAUUUUCAGAUUUUAAGUGUGCCGUAUUUUCCAAAAAACACGGUAAUAACGACGGCCCGCUAGCAUGCUCUACCAAAAAUAGUGCUUUGUUGUGCAUCUGACAGACGAAAGCUAAACCAGUUCCACACCACUGAAGUUGCAGCAUUUCUACAAACCAAUUCUGGUUCAUCCGUUUCAUUCAACAAUCCACUUUCGCCCUCCUCAUUUUCCGUUGCCGCCAUGCUUUUCUCGCCAUGUGCGUAUGAAAACAAAGGCACUGCGCAUGCGCGUUUACCCAUAUUCUAUCGCGAUAUUUCAUUUUCUUAUCGUUGCCCAACAUUAUACCGCUAUUACCGUGAACGGUAUGAUAUGCAUAGGAUCUUUUCCUUCCUUAUGCAUGACUGUAAUAAUUGCAUCCAGCCAUGAUUUUGGCGUCUCUUGAGUUUAGUGUAGAGUUAUAUACUUUGCAUAAUAUGGGGGGUUAUUUAUUGUUUUUAAAUUUAGCAUUGACUCUUUUAUUUUAUUUCAGCUUCUGUGAUAGGUACUACUAAUUUAGUUUAUUCCAUCAUUGAUAUUUUAGCCAAUUUAAGGGGUUUAAGGAACUCAAAUUUUUUUGUUUGCGAGGUUUUUGUGCUUCCUCCUUUACAACUGUCUGUAAUAUUUUACAUAAGUAUUGAAUAUUUCUUUAGUUUGAGUUUCAUUUCUGGAUUUCUGAUCUUAGGAACUGUGCUUUUCUGAGCUGAAAGGCCAAUAACAGUUUUUAUUAAUAUCUGAGACCCUCUUCUGCCUUGUAUGGUAGUAGCUCAUCUAAUUGUUGUCUAGCUUCUUUUAGCUUUUUAAAUGUAUAUUGUUGAUGUUCUCUCUCUAGUCUUUUUAUUUUGUCUUUAAAUUGUCAUUUGAUCUUAUAUUCAUUUUCAUAACAACUGGGCUAUGGUCAGAAACAAUGAUUGAUUCAAUUGUCAUCUGUUUUAUCCUAUACAUGUCGAUUUUUGACAUGAAAAGUCUAUUGUUGGGAAA